UCUUAUUUUAAUUUAUAUUACGGUUGUUGUGAGAAAUUUUUUGACACAUAAGUAUUUGCUAAAUGACGGAGCAUUGAUGUAUAUUUCUUUAAAAUGUACAAUGAAUUUUCAUUUAAUGCAAUUUCAAUCCAUUCUUUUUAUUUUUGACAUACUUCAAUCCAGAAGAAUUGGACUGCUAUAGGCUAUAAGGUGAUUGAGACAGUCAAGAACUUCUUUACUAGUGGUGAUCUUCCCACUGAGCUGAACCACACUCUGAUCGCUCUCAUUCCUAAGUUUAUGAAGAGAAGGGAGAAGGCGAAAGAUGGAUUCUUCGCAGCAAAAUUGGACAUGGCCAAGGCCUAUGACCGUGUUGAAUGGGAUUUCUUGGAAAGGGUCAUGAAGAAACUUGGGUUUGAGGAAAGAUGGGUGGCCCUUGUGAUGAAAUGUGUUACCUCUGUCACUUACUCUAUACUAGUUAAUGGGCACAAAUCUGAUACUUUCUCUCCUUCUAGGGGCCUAAGACAGGGCGACCCCCUAUCCCCCUACUUAUUCCUUUUGUGUGCAGAAGGCCUUACGAGUCUAGUUAAGAAAACUGAGGAGGAGGGUAAUCUACAUGGGAUCCAGAUGAGGAAGAAGGCCCCAACCAUCUCACGCCUCUUAUUUGCGGAUGACUGUGUUAUUUUUGGGAGAGCGGUUCUGAAGGAAUGUGACCAACUGAAGGAUAUCCUGAAAAUCUAUGCCAAUGAAUAUGGGCAGCUGGUGAAUUUCUCAAAGUCAGAACUUUCUUUUAGUAAAAAUGUGAGGACUAGCAGGAGGCUGGAGAUUUGUGGAACUUUGGGUAUAAAAGAGGUUGAAAAACUGCCUAAGUAUCUCGAUUUGCCGACUGUUAUUGGAAGAUCGAAGAAGGCUAUUUUUGAGGAGGUCAAGGAGAGGGUUAGGAAGAAGCUUAAGGAUUGGAAGAGCAGAACUAUGUCUACUGCUGGCAAGGAGAUAAUGAUCAAAGCGAUUGCUCAGGCUCAAUGCUUAUAUCCCAUGUCUGUGUUUCACAUUCCAGAGAGUACUCUAAAGGAAAUCCAAAGAUUGAUCGCGAACUUUUGGUGGGGACAGAAGGGAAAAGAGUUCAAGAUACACUGGCUGGAGUGGGACGAUCUUUGUGACGAUAAAGCAGAGGGGGGUAUGGGAUUCCGCGAUUUGAGAUCUUUCAAUUAUGCAAUGCUUGGUAAACAAAUUUGGAAUGUGCUCACUAGACCUCAAUCUCUCAUGGCAAGAGUGUUGAAGGCUCGCUAUUUCCCGAAGACUGAUAUUCUGCAGGCUAAACUAGGUUAUCAACCUAGCUACAUCUGGAAAAGUAUUAUGGGAGCGAAGGAGAAGAUUGAGGAAGGGUUUAGAUGGAGAGUUGGUAACGGAGAAUCAAUACAAAUCUGGAAGGAUGAAUGGAUCCCAGGCAAAAGCUUUUAUCAAGCAGAUCCAGUGCCUACAGGAGAAAUUACUGAGGAUCGGGUGAGCAACAUUAUUGACUAUGGUUCAGGGGGUUGGGAUAUGGAAAAAAUCAAAGCUCUGUUCUCUACCAGUGACCAGAACCUUAUUGCUAAGAUCCCCCUAAAAACCCCUCUGGGGCACGAUUCCAGGGUUUGGAAGGCUGAGGAAGAUGGAAUCUAUUCGGUAAAAUCAGCCUACUAUCUCAUUCGAAGAAGUCAAGCCCAAUACCAGACUAGGUCUCUCACUAAGAAUCAGGAGGACUCGGAGAUGUGGAAAGUCCUAUGGAAGCUUAAUGUUCAGCCCAAAGUCCGAGUUUUUCUGUGGAAAGUUUGCAGAGAAAUCUUACCUGUGGGAGUUAAUAUUGAAGAAUGGAUUGACAGGGCUGCCCCGGAAUGCCCCUUCUGCAAUCUCGUGGAGACCCAGAUGCAUGCACUCCAUACCUGCGAUUGGAUAAGGAGACGUUGGAAAGAUUGUGAGGAAAAAGAGCUCUUCGAAUUGGGUGAUGGCAAGACUAGCAGUGAAUGGAUUGGGACUAUUCUUAGGAAUUACCCUGAAAACAAAGUGCAAAGGUUCUGUUCGAUUCUUUGGUACCUGUGGAAGGAGCGAUGCAACCAUAAAUUCAACAACCAAAAACUGGAUGAAGAGGAAAUUGUCCCUCGGGCGCUGGGCUGGUUGUCGUCGUAUCUUGCUGCUCAAUCUUCCUCUGAUUCCCAGAUGUCCAUCUCGCCUUCAGCUGGUCGGGUCGCUCAGAAUGGACGAUGGUCCCCUCCUCCGGAGGGUUUCAUUAAACUCAACACUGACGCCGGGGUUUUUCAGCAGCAGGGAAUCGGCUUCGGCUGCAUCUUCAGGGACGGGCAGGGGGCUUUUGUGGGUGCUUUGGCCAAAAAGGAAAAAGGGGUGUGCCGGCCGAUUGAAGCAGAAGCUAGAGCGAUGGUGAUGGGUCUUAGAGAGGCCAAUCGCCGUCUUCUUGGGCCGUUGAUAGUCGAGUCUUACUGUCAAUCUCUGGUGAAGAUGCUGAAGAAUGGAGAUGAAGAUUUCACGGAGUUGGGGGUUCUGUGUGAGGAAUUGAGGAAGCUUGCAUCGGUCAACGAAUCUCUGGUUGGGGAUAAGGUGAGGUGGGUUUUCUCUCCAAGGAAAACCAACUCGGUGGCUCACUGGUUAGCCCAUGUGGGUUUGGGCUGGAAUCAGCAAUGGGUGUGGGUGGACAAUCCACCUAUGUAUCUCAGAUGCCUUAUUGAGGAUGAUGUGGGCCAUGGGGCCGAAAGCUUUUAUUAAUAAUAUUCACCAGGUUUUCUAUAAAAAAAAAUACAUGCUUAUUAAAAGUGUUGCAUUUACUUUUUUCUCUAAUACAAGUUUAGUUUCUUUUACAUAGUUCUUUUACCUUCUAGUGCCUGAAGAUUUGGCAAUUUUAAGUCGAAUUUGGAUUGCAUAACCUCAAAAUUAUGCAAACUUUAUAAUUAGGACUUUGUUACGGUGACAUGCAUGUUACCGUAACUUGCACUUUUAGGUCGAUUUCAUAUAGGAUCAGGUCGACCUAAUCUGUCGUUUCAGUCUUGUGCUCGAAGGCAGCUUACUUCGUAGGAACUUCGAGCCUUUUGUUUGAAGCCUUCCAGAUAUCCAAUAUUACAUACAAUGCCUUGAAUUGGUAGACAAGCAUACCUACUUUCAUGUAGUAGAGGCCCCUAGACUCGAAUUUCAUCCAUGCUUCUCGAAUUGAGCUCCAAAGUACACUUCACAAACACUUUCCCAGACUUAGGCAUUUUCAGGCAGUUUCCCAGUUUUGGCAUAACAUUUUGAUCAGGUUCAAAAAUGGUCUUCUUGACUUCCUAUCGAGCUCCUAAGCACUUCAAUGUGUAGAGGGACACUCCAGCUUCAAAGUAAGUCAUUAAUCUCCAAAGUAGGCACCAUGAAACUGUUUUUACACUGAAACAACAUAUUAGGUCGACAUAAUUCUAACUGAGGUCGACCAAAAAGUGCAAGUUAUGGUGACAUGCAUGUCACAAUAGGUGCACCCAAUUAAUUAAUCUCGAGAUCUUUCAUUAAACAAAUGAUUGGGAUCCCAAUGACCUUUUUAAUACAUAAUUUUUUAAUCUAAUAUUGUGUAUUCUUCGUUUGAUCUCGAACUUCAAAAUAUAAAUUAAUUUUUAUCUAAAAAUAAUAUAUAUUUCGAUACGUUUCGGCUUAAGAAAUUGCGAUGAUAGAU